CGAUACCACCUCGAGCGCUUCUUCCUUCCAGUCGACCCAGCGCUGCAAAGCGUCUUGCUCUUUCUCCUUGGCCCUUUUCUAUGGUAUGGCACGGCCGUCGUCCCGAGCUUCUUGCAAGCGUACCAGUACCUCCUCGUGUGUCUUUUUACCACCAAUUAUGCCUAUCGCAUCGAAGUCGCGAUCGUCGGCACCGCGUACAUCGCCAUCAUUGCCAUUGCACCGGUGCUCUAUGGUGCCCUUGGGUUCUGGCGCCGACCGCGCGCGUCGGCCAUGCGCUACAGCAGCGCCAACUACAACGCGCUGACAAACCGAUUGCUCCUCUGGUUCAUUCGACCGCUGCAUACGCAGGCUGAAAGAGGCUUUGGCGGCAGCGUCCAUGAGCUUUGUGAAGCGAACGCGGGCUACAAGGCACUGCCCGUCAUCAACACGAGUGGCUCGGACAGUUUUGUGCUUUGCUACUGCAACCAGCGACUUCAGGCGAGGCUUCGACUCAGUCUUCUCGAAUAUGUCGACGUCCAGAGUGACGAGCCGGAUCUGUGCGUCGAUUCUGGCAUCUCGACGUCGCGCUUCAACGAACUCGAGCUCCCGAGCCGACGACCGUCCACAGAGAAACCGUCACGCCCGAGGCUGCUGCGCGCACGUCCUCCAUCACCAUGGUGCAUGUGAUCGCGUGUGAUCGGUUGGUUGGCUCGAUUAUGUCGUUGAAAAUUUAAGCAGUGUCAUGUGC